GCCCGGUCCUCCUGGUUCUGCUGGUAACUACCUCCGUUUGACAAGCCAAUAUGUGGCCCUUGGUGGCGGCUCUACUAUUGAGUUCUCUAUGCUGCGGUUCAGCACAGCUAUUAUUUAAAAAUAUUAACUCUGUGACAGCCAGACAUUGUAAUAAGUUUGUUGUCAUUCCGUGCUACGUUACCAAUUUACAGACAGAAGACAUCAACGACUUAUCUUUGAUUUGGAGAUUUGGAAACACAUCUGUUUUGAUCUUCCAAGGAUAUGGAAACACAUUCUCUAGAUAUCCUAUGUUUAGCAGUGCAACAAUUUCCACUUCAGCCUUUUUAAAAGGAAACGCUUCUUUGAAGCUGAAGAAGAAUGAGGCAAAAGCAGGAAACUACAUAUGUGAAGUCACGGAAUUAAACAGAGAAGGUAAAAAAAUGGUGGAACUAAAAUACCAAGCUUCAUGGUUUGCUGUAAGUGAAACAAUUCUCAUUAUUAUUUUCCCAUUUUUGACUAUACUUCUCUUCUGGGUACAGUUUGCUAUUUUACUACGAAAAUAUAAAUCCAACCCUAUGAACAAGAAAACGAUUGUUUUAUCAACUGCUGGAAUACUGAUGACUGUGAUCAUCAUUGUUGGAGCCAUUCUUUUUAUCCCAGGUAGUUAUUCAAAAAUGAAAAGCUAUGGCCUUAUUUUCUUUGUUAGUCCUACAUUGAUGCCUGUUUUUCUUCAGUACUAUAAGUUUAAGCCAGCUAUUGGGAGGACCCUGCAUGCCAUGAUUAUAUUUACAGUCGUUCAGGCACUGGGCUUUGUACUCAUUAUGGCAGGAAUGUAUCUUACUGUAACUGAGUGUGAACCAAAAUAUGGCCCUCUUCUAAUUUUAGGUUUGGCCAUAAUAACUUUAGUAGAAUUACUCGGACUAAUUUACAUGAAAUGGUUGGGAAUCCUAAAUCCAACAAUUCUAGUCCAGACCAGGACGUCAGAUGUUUGCACUAUUCCAAGUGACACUGGGUCACCUGUUGUUUUUCUCAUCGCCGGGAUCUUCUUGUUCCCCAAGGACACUGUUUUCCCCAAGCUAGUGUGGACUUUGGCAUUUCUUCAAGUUCCAACUAGAAUGCUGGGCCAAGGCUAGUUUGCAGUCUUAAUUAUUACUUUGUAAAAGAUGCUAAUUCCUUGAUUGUAACAGAAAACAAUAGAAACUUUAAAAUCCA